CGGAAGCAUGACCAGCACUCACCAUCUGACCGUCGUCCAUUCCGAGGCCCGCUCGUGCUUCGUGGCCAUCCCACCAAAGGCAGCCAACGCCCUCCACCCGCCCUCAGGCCACUUCUGCACCGUCCUCAAGCUCACACGAUUACCAUACCGAGAUGAGGGCAAACCAACCACCAUUCCGGCGCUUUAUGCCGGGUGGACGGGCGGUCUCUGUCAUCGAGACGGCGACGUGAUAGAGGUGCCCGGCCUGCUGGGGAGGUGUUUGCGUCUCAAGGAGGGCGAGAGGGUGGGGGUGUCGAGUGUGGGUGGCGGGGUGGUGAUUGACGCGUUGGCUGUGAGGGUGAUGCUGCGGCCGGAGAGUGAGGACGACUGGGAGGUGGUGGAAAGGCAGGCGACCUUCAUUGAGGUGAGGAGGACAACGGCACAGACAGACAGACAGACAGACGCACACAGCGGCUUGCAUAUCGAUGCUGUCUGUCUGUGUGGGUCUGUGUUGUGGGUGGGGUAUAUGUGUGUGUGUAUCAGGAUCAUCUGCUGGAGCAGGUGGCCGUGUUGAUGCCUUCCUUCAGCUUCCCCGUGUGGAUCCACAACACCACGCCCAUCUUCCUCCACUGCUUGCCGCCCUCCCCACCCCCGCCCACAGACUUCAUCCUGCUCUCCCGCAACACAGAGCUCGCCAUCGAAGCCAGAGACCGCAAACACCCACCCCACGUCAGCAGGUCCCUGCUCGCCAGUACUGGCGACAGCGGGGCACUUGUGGCGCAGUCGCCUUUGCGGCCUUUUCGCGUCUGUCCGAGCGGGGCGUUUAGUGGCGGGGGCGAUGAGAGUUGCAACGACGCGAUUGCUUAUGUGAAUCGUGGGGAGUUGGCUCAUGUGGCUGGGGGCCGUUUGGUGUGGAUAAUGGCAGGGUGGCCGGAUGGCGGAGAGGGAGAGCGUGAUGGUGGUGAAAGUGUGGUUGGCGGGGGGCUUGUGUGGGUAAAGGGCGACCCCAGAGUCAAGAAGGGGUGGAUCGUCCUGUCAGAGGUAUAUAAGACCAUCAUCCCCGUGGCCGUAUUCUGAGUGCGUCUUGAUCCAUGUCUGUCUGUCUGCCUGCUGCGUUAAGAUCUUCCGUUGGUCCCACCGUCUGUUCUCCGGGUCGACCGUGUACGCCACCCCAUGCACACGGGCGCCCAUCCUCAUCCCAUCUCUCCUACUCACACCCAUCCUGCCACACACUGGUACGCACCAGCUCACCUACCGCCCCGCCCACAAUCAGCCCACUCCCACUUUCGCCUUGUCUGUCUGUCUGUCUGUCUGUCUGUCUCAGAUCCGGCCACAGAGGCUUUCCUGACAUCGACCAUCGGGCAGCUGGCCCUCCAGCGGUCCUUCCUGCUGGACACAACGAGGCGCGAGCAGCGGUACGAGACGCUCUUCUUCCGCGGCGUCCCUCUCGCCGACGGCACCGUCAUGCGCCUCUCGACCGUCAGGCCGCCCACAUUCGAGCUCGACAGACAAUCCGGUGUGUUGGGUCGGAGCAGCGAGGAGGAUGAAGGCGAUCUCUACGAGGAAAGCUCUCCCGGGGAUUCUGCUGGGGGUGCUGCUGUGGACCAUGCUCCACACGAUGGCGAUGGCGAUGCUGGUGGUGAUCUCAAUGAUCCGCGAGCAGUCGUGGAUGAGGUGGCUUGGUGGCAUGACGAGGGAGAGCCGACAGCCGUCGUGGAAGGACAGGGAGAGGCAGAGGGCCAAGAUGGUGGUGGCGGAGGGGAGGGAGAGGGAGAGAUGGAGGUUGCGGUGCUGGUGACCUUCAUGUACACGGAGGUGGGGGCCGACAGCAAUGGUGAGGAUGAGACAGACCAGCUGACGGCCGAUCUGCCGAGAGAGCCCAGCCCCCACUGGCCGGCAGCUGUGAGGGCCGCCAUGGAGACGCGGGCAGAGACCAACGGAUCGCCCUCGGGAUUUGUGCCGGUCGCUGCUGGAAGUGAGCAAACGACACAUCCACACCCACACCCGUAGCAAUCUCCUCCUUCCUGUCUAUCUGUCUGUGUGUCUCUCUGUGUGUGUGUUUGUCAGCCUGUUCUGAGGGAUGGCCCUUGCCGCAUUACUUCGUGCUGUCGAGCGAGGUGGUGGACAAGGGCCUCCUGCGGCUCUUCUCGUCCACACGAUGCAUCGUCGCACCGCCAUGCACCACGCCAACCGGUGAACAAAGAUGGGGAAAGGAAUGCACGCACCCAAGACACCCAUCUCUCUCUCUCUCUCUCUCUUUCUCAGCGGCGAGUCUCAUCAAUGGCACCACGGCUGACGCAGAGGAGCCCCCACCCCAGCAGACGCCCCUUGAGCGGUCUGUGAGCCGUCUGCUCGCCAGUGAGGGCGUCACAGUCGUGUGUGAGCCGCCAUCCUACCCUGGAGACAGUCGCGGGCUCGACAACAGGGGCGACGAGCGUCUAGGUGUGGAGUACUUCGACCACGGGCCGUUCUGGGAGGCCGCCGACACAUUGGCCGAGAGAUGCGUGUCAUCUCUCCUGGUGAGAUAGACGCUCAAGCGGGACACUCAUACACCUUUUGCUCGCAUUGUCUUUUCCUCAGUUGAGCGGCCCCCCCGGCUCCGGCAAGUCAUCCCUGCUGUCGGCCUACCUCACGCACUGGGCGACGCAGAACGGCACGAUAGGCCUUCGCGUGUCGUGUGCGGCCUUGGGCGGGGCUGGUGAGACGGUGCCCUACUCGGCCGUGGAGAGAGUUCUCUUCCUGGUGCUGCGUGAGGCAAUGAGGCGGGGAGGCAGGCAUGGCCAUGGGGGGUCGGUGGCUGUGGUGCUGGAUGAUCUGGAUGUGCUGUGCCCUGUGGUGGAGGAGGAAUCGCCACACUAUGGCGUGGCAGGUCGGGAGAGGGACGGAGGGGAAAGCAUUUCGGUAUGUGUCCAUGUGACCGUGUUUGUGUGCGUGUGUUGACACAGAGGAGAGGAGUGUCCACUUGAGUGCGGCGCUUUGCGAUUGGCUGACGGCGAUGCACUUCGCCGCCAAGCAAUGCCGCGCCACGGGGGAGGAGCCACCCAUACUAAUCGGUAUCUACAUCCGCACACACAUGCCACACACCGCAACCUCCUCUCUCUGUCGUGUUUGUUUCCUCCCAUCAGCCACGGUCCAGUCGCCCUCCUCUCUGAACAAGGUCUUGCGGUCGCCGCUCACCUUCGAGGCCUUCGCCGACAUCGCCCCGACAGACGAGGCCUCCCGCACCACCAUGCUCACAAACAUCCUUGCCGUAACCACGCCACACCAGGCCGCCAAUAUCGCCGUUGGCACCGAACUCACCAGGUCAGCGAGGGGGGCUUACGCGUCCAUCUUGGUAUAUAUGGCUGUGUCUGUGUAUAUGUCACGAGCAGUGAGUCGGGUCGGCGAUGGGUGGCGGAACAGACUGACGGCUUCGUGAUAGCUGACCUGCGGGUGAGCGGGGGAGUGAGUGAGUGAGUCCAGCACACAGCGCUGCGCUGUUCUUUCUCGUAGGCGUUGGUCAACACUGCCGUCGAGGAGGCGUCGAGGAGUGGUGACCGGUGUGUGGGCCGGGAGCAUGUCGAGGCGGCUUUGGAGAGCGUCACGCCACGUGCUCUUCAGGGGCAGGACUUCCUCAAGUGAGUGGGGGAGUGAGUGAGGGAGGGAGUCAGUGCAGCCGUUGAUAUCCCCGGGUGCUGACUCACCUUGUGCAGGUCGGCUAUUGGCUGGCACGACAUCGGCGGCAUGACCGAGGUCGGUGGGCCAUCACACCCACACGCGCACACAGAACACACACAAACCAGGGGUGGGUGUCCCCUGCACACUCUCUUUGUUGUCGUCCAUGCAUUCCUCCCAUCGGUCAGGCCAAGCAGGUCUUGUCGGACCUCCUGACCCUCCCCCACCGAUUCAAGGUGCUGUUCGAGCAGGCCCCGAUACCCGUCAAGCAAGGGGCCAUCCUCAUCGGCCCCCCUGGCUGCGGCAAGACCCUGCUCGCACACGCCGCCGCGCAGGAAUGCGGCCUACGCGUCAUUGGGUACGAUUUGCGACAGCACGGCGGCCACUGUGAAGGGCUGUUUUGUGUUGUGUUUUGUUGUGUUGUGAUGGCUGAUGCAGUGUGAAGGGUCCCGAGUUGUUGAGCAAGUACAUCGGGGGGUCGGAGGCUGCCAUCCGUGGCGUGUUUGACCGGGCCAUGCGGGCGGCCCCCGCCAUGAUCUUCUUCGACGAGCUCGAGGCACUCGCACCACGGUAGGUCGGGGGGACACCCACCCAAACAACCAACCAACCAACCACGGGUGUCCAUCCAUCCAUCCAACCAUCCGUCCGUCCAUAUAUCGUUUAUCAUGUGUUUGUUGUCCUCUUUGUGUUUAUGUGCUUCCAACCAAAUACCCACACCAGCCGUGGCGCCGACAGCACGGGUGUGACGGACCGCGUUGUCAACCAGCUACUAUGCUACCUCGAUGGGGUCGAGGACCGACAAGUUAGUCAGCACACAGCAGGCACCCACACCCACACAUACCGUGUGCAUAUCCUGGUUGGUCAGGGUGUGGCGGUGUUGGCGGCCACUUCACGGCCCGACCUCGUCGAUCCCGCCCUCUUGCGACCGGGGCGGCUCGAGAAGGCAUGACAAACAGCAGUCAGACAACCAUUGAGCCAUCAUCAGCGAUGACGUGUGUGUUUGUGUGCCCUGGACGGUCCGGUCCUUCCGUGUGCAGGUGAUAUACUGCGGGCUGCCCGAUGCAGCUGAGAGGCUGGACAUCCUGCAGAAGGCUACACAGAGGUGUGUGAGCAGUCAGGCAGAAAGACAGACACGCACGGUGCGGUAUGAUGGUUGUGUGUGGGUGUGUGGGUGCCUCAAUCAGGUUGCAUUUGGCGUCUGACGUGGAUCUCUCUGCUGUGGGCGGGGAGCUGCCGCCACACGCCACCGGCGCAGACAUACAAGUGGGUGCAUAUCCCUUCCUUCUCACGCAAGAGAGUCUUCCCAUAACUGUCUGCUCCCAUAUCGAUAUCUGCAGGCGCUGGUCAACACAGCCCAGAUCCACGCACUGCACGACGAUUCGACCCACGUCACGGCCACCCACCUGCACGCCGCUGCCCAGGAGACCCAGCCAUCUCUCUCAACCAGGGUCAGUCAGGAUGUAUGGUGGCUGCCAUCCAUCCAUCCAUCCAUCUGUGUGGUUUGCAGGACCUGGAGCACUACGUGCGUCUGUAUGUGCCCUUCCUGUCGCAGCACGACAUCGACAACCUCGGCGGGAAGAGCGGGGGGCCGCCGGCGAUGGCGACGGGGCCGCAGGGCGAUAGAAACGAAGAGCAGGAGAGGCAGAGGGUGGCGCUGGCGUGAUGUGUGGUCGUGCAGUUGGUGUGUACAGCUUGGGGGUGCGGACACGAGGAGAGGAUGGAUGCACCACCCUGAUGGGAACGGUACGGUCUGGCGGUGGCUGUGUGCGGUUGCGUGGUACGAACACGCACCCAUACGACUGAGUGGCGGUAGGUAGUGAAUUGUGUUGAUGCCACAGAAUACACAUCGUGUAUGUGUGUGUGUGUGUGUGUGUCUGCUUAAGCCUUAAUGAUGUGUGCCGUGGAUAUGUUGG